CAUGAAGAAAGAAAGGGGAAACCGAAGGAAGAAAGAAGCCGAGGGUUACGUGGGAGGGGAGGAGUCUUGGGUAUGGAGGGAAAGCUCGGUUGGAGCUAAAGCUCGGUUGGAGAAGGAGAAGGUAGACGGUGGUGAUGGUGGUGAUGAGGAUGGUGGUGAUCGGAGAAUGGAAACAAGGUGGUCAUUGUAUGGUGGCUUUUGCAGAAAACGCAACCUAACAGAUAAUGGUGGAGAAACUCUAGAAUAUCACGGGGAUAUAUAACGGUGUUAACGCUUCAUAAUUUCACGUUAAAUGCUCUAUGCCGUUACAUGGGUGAGCUGUAUCGGUGGUGCUGAGUUGUUAUCUUUUUAUUGGUUCGGGAUACCACUGACGUGGUAUCCCCGUGAUAUUCUAGAGUUUCUCGGUGCAUGCAGCGUUAGCACAGUAGGAUCAACCCUACUGUCGAAUCAACCCUAGUACAUUUA